UAUUUAUGAACAUCUUAUAUAUGUUCUCUUAAUUUGUCUUUCUUCAGCACAGAGAGAGAAGCUUAUCUAAAAUUCAAAUGUUGUCAUCUCAUCCCAUACAUUGUUCACUGUCAAAUGAUAGUACAUUGCUUUGUCUUCAUUCCAUUUUCUUAAUUUGGUAUUCAUGAACCUACAACACUACAAACAAUUUUUCUAUACUCCUUGACAACCACGGCUUCAGGAUUAACUAUUCUUUUAUCAAUCAUUAAUUCAAAUUCAAUCCUCUUCUUAACCACACAGCCUUUGAAAAGCUUCUUCUUUCACAAACCCUAAUUAUGGAUCAUGAUGUUCCUCCAAGCCCUUUCACACCACCUAUAGCCACUCCUCCACCAAAGUCCAACCUACCCAUGUUGUACUAUGGCCUCGUGGUGGUCGGGACAGCCGCCAUCGUGCUGGCGGUCUACAACCUUAUCAUGAUCCGGUGGUGCGCCGAUCAUCACCGUCGAUCACGUCGAGGCCGGAUAGCAAGAGGUAUUAGCAAUCUUGAGCCCAUGUCAAGCCGGAGCUUUGAUAACCCUAAUAUGAAGCUGGUGUCCAGUUUUCGGUAUAAGAAGGAGGGAGUGGCUCAGGGUGGUUAUGAAUAUGAAUGUCCAGUUUGUUUGUGUGCGUUUGAAGAAGGUGAAGAGGUGAGUCAGCUUCCGAGGUGCAAGCACUCCUUUCAUGCUGCAUGUAUAGAUAUGUGGCUUUUCUCUCACUUGGAUUGUCCGCUUUGCCGCUCCCCGGUGCAGCCACCGGCUCCUCACCGGCAUCCAGUCACCGAUCAAUCGGAGGAUUCCCGGGAAGGAUUGAUGGUAGAUUCGGCCGUCUCAGUUUGAUCAGUGUCUUCCCUUUCUUUUUCUUUUUUUUUCUUUUUUAUAUAUUUAUUUCCUUAAUAUAUUUGUUAUUUUAAGAU